AUGACGGCAACUCAAAUAACAGAGGGUGGAACACAAACCAAAACCAUUCCAGAACUAGCAUGUUCCCGGGCAAGUGAUAUACAACCGUAUGCAUAUUAUUUCUCGACAAUCCAUAUUCUGCUUUCCCUAACAGCAACUCUUGGCAAUUCUCUUAUCCUUGUUGCCCUUUCCAAGGAAUCCUCCCUUCAUCCGCCGUCCAAAGUCCUUUAUCGUUGCCUUGCAACAACAGAUCUGUUAGUCGGCCUCGUCGUUCAUCCUUUGGCUGUCAUCCAUUUUAUGUCCUAUAUCCACGAAGACUGGGGUCGUUGUCGAUGGACACACAACGUAGUUUUCAUAUCAGGCUAUGCGUUAUGUUCAGUAUCUUUGUUGACGAUGACGGCUAUAAGCGUGGACAGACUUCUCGCCCUGUUGUUGGGGUUGAGGUACAGACAAAUUGUAACUGUAAAGCGCAUUCAUGUCAUAUCAGUUACCUUUUGGAUUGCAUCCGGCAUCUUUAGUUUAUGCCAAAGCUUAAAUGACCACAUAACAUUUUGGUCCAGCUUCGUAGUUGCAGUGUCUUGCUUGAUGAUCUCAUUCGCAUCUUACACAAAGAUUUUUAGAGCUCUUCGUCUUCAUCACACUCAAAUACAAGAUCAUGAUCAGCAACAUCCGAGCCAACCAAAUGCACUGAACAUUGCACGUUACAGAAAAGCAGUGUACAAUGCGCUGUGGGUGCAGUUAGCUUUAUUCGUCUGUUAUCUACCUUAUUGCAUACUGGUAAUUUUGAUCACUUUUAGUAAAAUACCCCUAAUACAUUCAUCAGUCAGUGUGGCCGCACUAACGGUGGCUUUUGUAUCCUUUAACUCAACCUUGAACCCGUUCAUUUACUGCUGGAAGAUUAGCGAAGUAAGACAAGCAGUAAAGAAGACAAUGAGACAAGCACUAUGUUGUUCGUAGGGUUAAUUUCUGUUCGGUUAGACUUAAUUGAUCCUUAUAAAGCUAGGGACUGAAAUUACUGUAAGCAGAGAGUAAACCAAUAUAUCAUCGGAUAAGGAGAAAAAAGACUUCAAACGCUUUUGCACUGAUACCACUGUAUGGUGAGUGAAGACAACAUAACUGAUCUCCUCACAAGUGAUGAAAACCUGAUAGAUAGCCCCAUAUCAUUAGAAUCGUUGUAACGAUUGGAGUUUUCCUUAUCAUGAGCUCAAAAUAUGAAAUCUCCGAUGUCUUAAAUUUGCCAUGUGAAUGAACCGGUUCUUUAAACUAAUUCGCACUUAAGAGCUAAUGUUAACAAGUAUCAGACAAACAGCGGCAAGUCACCCAAAAUUUGCUUUCACCCCUACUUCAUAUUUUGUAACUCAAUAUGUCCUAAUAAUUGUGGUGUAGUUUUUUUGUGAAAAUAU